AUGGGAGACUUCGUUUUUCUUAAGAUCUCGCCAUGGAAGAAGGUACUGAGAUUUUGUCGUAAGGGCAAGUUGAGCCCUAAGUUUAUUGGACCUUACCGUGUGCUUAAGCGAGUGGGACCAGUUGCUUACCAGUUGGAGUUACCUCCGAAAUUGGAUCGAAUUCAUGACGUGUUCCACGUCUUUAUAUUGAGACACUACUGCUCUGAUCCCACGUAUAUUGUUCCUGUUGAGAAGAUCGAGGUUAGGCAAGAUCUGACUUUUAAGGAGGAGCUAGUUCAGAUAUUGGAGCGAGAUGUAAAGGUUCUAAGAAGAAAAUCCAUCCUACUGGUUAAGGUUCUUUGGCGUAACCAUAGCUCUGAGAAGGCCACGUGGGAGCCUGCGGAUGCAAUUUGA